GCUCUUGUUGUAAUUGGGAGAGAAACAGGGGAACUGGAUUCUGACGUCUGUGAAACACAAGCAGAGGGAGGGGGUAUUUUUUAUAUCCUUGCUAUUUUAUUAGGAAGCAAUUCAUACCCAGCUUGGCGGGAAGACAGAUAUCAGUGGUUUAAUAAUGCUGACCACCCUGGCAGCCUAAGGAUUUGCAACUGCAGCAAAACAUCCUCCUCUAAGCCUGAACAAACCAAGCUGUGCAUGGUGCGGAAAAUGAGGGAAAGUAUGCCACAGACACCUAUAUUUCCCAGCAUGCUCAGCUCCAAUUGUAGCGGGCAGGUGCAGCCAGAAAUGGGGGAACAGUGCGGAGAUCCUGUUUACCAAGAUGGCAGUCUGGUUUCUGGCUCUUUGGAAGCUUUGAUUGAGCGCCUUGUGCCCACUGUGGAUUAUUAUCCAGAUAGGACAUAUAUCUUCACAUUUUUAUUGAGCUCUCGUGUCUUUAUUCAUCCCUAUGAGAUCCUUGCUAAAGUGGGACAGAUAUGCAUCAAGCAGAAGCAACAACUGGAAACGGGAACAGAGGCAGACAAGGUCAAGCUUAAGUCUUUUGCUGCUAAGAUUAUCAAACUACUGAGGGAGUGGACAGAAACGUUUCCUUUCGACUUUCAAGAUGAACUAGCCAGGAAAGAGCUGAAAGAAAUUGCACAAAGGAUCACACAGUGUGACGAGGAAAAUGGUACAAUUAAGAAGUCUAUCAGCCAAAUGACUCAGAAUGUGUUGCUUGCGCUUUCCACACGAGGCCAGUUCCAGGAGAUCCGAGAGAAGAUCCGACAGCCGGUCACUGACAAAGGAACCAUUUUAAAGACCAAGCCACAGUCUACCCAGAAAGACAUUCUGAGUCUUUGUGGAGACCCCCUGGUACUCGCUCAGCAACUUACUACCAUUGAAUUGGAACGAUUGGGGAAUAUUUACCCUGAGGAUCUAAUGCAGAUAAUCAGUCACAUGGACUCCCUGGAUAACCACAAGUGCCGAAGUGAUGUCACAAAGACUUACAACCUUGAAGCCUACGAUAACUGGUUUAACUGCCUGAGUAUGCUGGUGGCUACAGAGAUCUGCAGGGUUGUAAAGAAAAAGCAGAGGACGAGAGUCAUGGAGUUUUUUAUAGAUGUGGCAAGAGAAUGCUUCAACAUCGGCAACUUCAACUCCAUGAUGGCGAUUAUCUCUGGGAUGAAUCUUAGUCCUGUGGCCAGACUAAAAAAGACUUGGUCCAAAGUCAAAACAGCCAAGUUUGAUGUCCUAGAGCACCAUAUGGAUCCCUCUAGCAACUUCUGUAAUUAUCGGACGGCACUGCAGGGAGCAGCACAGAGGUUUCAGAGCGCAAACAGCAGCCGGGAGAAAAUAGUCAUUCCAGUUUUCAAUUUAUUUAUUAAAGACAUUUUCUUCCUUCACAAAAUUCAUCCAAACCGCUUAGCAAAUGGACACAUCAACUUCAAGAAAUUUUGGGAGAUCUCCAGACAAAUACAUGAUUUCUUGACUUGGAAACAAGUGGAAUGUCCGUUUGAGAAAGACAAGAAAAUUCAAACCUACCUUCUUACUACACCUAUUUACAGUGAAGAAGCUUUAUUUAUAGCAUCUUUUGAAAAUGAGGGUCCAGAUAACCACAUGGAAAAAGACAGCUGGAAAACGCUCAGGUCUACGCUUUUAAACCGAGCCUGAGAAAUUAUUCACAAGAAGCCUGAAUCACACACAGGACUAAAGCUUUUUAAUUAUUUCAUUGUUUAUUUUUUUGUUUGUUUGUUUGUUUGUUUGUGCAGAAUGUUUUAUUGUAAGGAAGACAGAUCUCACCGGUUGGGGUCUUUAGUUUUUGUAUAUAAUCUUUUAUGAGACAAGAAAAAAGUGGUAUAUAAUGAUAUAAAAAAAGAUAUAUAUAUUUAAUGCUUUAAUCUUAAGGCACUUAUAAAAAAUAUAAAAGGGACGUCUGUUUUCUUAUUUUUAUGGUUUAUUAAAUACAAAACCCCUUUGCUGCUGGAAUGGCCAUAUUGUAAUGCAAAUUUAUAUCUAAUGUGUAGAGAAAAGGCUUUUUAUGAGCCUCUGCACUAUUAAAGGGUUAAGCCCUUAUUAUAUUGUUGAAAUAAAAGGGCAGGACCCGGUUUUCUCAAAAUUUAUGAAUGUUUAUAGGCUGGAUGUAUCUGAGUUUAUAAUAGAGCCUGGAAAAUCCCAUAAACGUUGAACCAUUUCUUAAACCUUAUAUCCCGUUCUGCUGCUGCAAUAAAAUACUUAACGCUAAUCAUUUUACAGUGGUAACAGACUUUAUAGUGCUGCAAAGUGCUUAUGAACCAUUCAGUUGUGUAUUUCUAUUUUCUGGCUGCAGGACCAGCCAUGGAAAAAAUACACAUCUGGUCUCCUAACCCCUAAGGGCAUAUAUUUAUUUAUUAUUUUCUAGAUCUCUAUAUCUGGCUUCUUUUACUAUAGAUUUUCUGAUUUGGAGCAAAACACAAAACAAAAAAACACCCCAAAUUUAUUUGGAUUUUUUUUCUAAUGAAAUAAGGAUGACUAUCUAACAUUGCAGCUGUGAAAUAUAAAUAAAUAACCCCAAUAGUGCUUAAAAUGUCAUUGCUCUGUAAGGGGAUUAAGGUUUUUAUAAAAUAUAUUUGGGCCUCUCUGUUAUUGGAGUAUGAUAAGUAUCUGCUGCUAGCUGCUUACUUAUGACACAUUAUUGUAACUCAUCACACUGCACACUAUAGACCACUGUCACUAACACAAGCCUUGUGUCUGAAAAACCUACAGCUACUCUGUAACAGUGAUAUGCUGAUGGGGAGGAAGGUUUAUCAUUUCUGUAUAGAGAUGUAACUAUUGCUUCUCUUGGUCUUAAAUCAGGGGCUAGUGAUUCCUGAGAACAUUUGACAAAUAAAAGCAGCACUUAUGUUUAUUUGCCUUGUAAGAAAGAGGUAACUCACCAACCUCAUACACUUAACAGCACAAAAUAAGAGUAUUAAUGAGAGAUCCACAAUCAUUAGAUUUUACACAAAAAAAAAAAAAAAACCUAAGAUAAGUCUGAUGAAGGGGAGACUGGCCAAAAGGUUAUCACAAUAUAAGUAUUUUUUUUUUUUUUAAUCCAUCAAAUGUAGACACUUUAUCACUCUUCAGUUAUGUUUUUUUUAUCAUUCAUAUAGAGAAUACAGUUUUGAACAUUCCAAUUUGCUUCCAGUAUCUAAUAUGCUUCAUUCUCUCUGUGAGCUAGCUGAAUGCAUUGGGGGAUCCAAUAACAUGAAGCACAUUUGUGCAACCACCAAUCACCAACUCCUGAACCUACCUAGGUAUCAUUUUCAACAAAGGAUAUCAAAGGAACAAAGCCACUUAGAUAAUAGAAAUAAAUUGGAAUAAUGUUUAAAAUCACGUGUUUAAAAAUUGUGUUUUCAUGUCCCAUUAAAUAAAUUGGAUCUUUAUUUAUAUACAGUCUGACACAACAUGAAGUCAGGAAGUUAACACAUUCACUGCUGGAUUUAAGCUGGUCAUCUGUUCCAGUGACGCAUAUUGUUUUAGUGCUGAAGUGUAUUAGGUUGUGUGCACCUCCUUCAGAAUAAGAGGACUCUUGACAAUCUCCUUAUCUAUAUAAGCUUGUCAUACAGUAAUGUACCAUUCAGAUCACUGUUCUCAUGCAAAUCCAGAUCAAACUUUUUUUUCCUCUAGGAAUGCAACAUUCCAUAAGUGUAUUUUCCGUUUCUCUGUUUGUUCUCUUACAGCCAGCUUGCUAAGUAAAGCUGUACUGUGAAGCAGGGUAUUCCGUGUCUGACCAGAUGUGCUUGAAUAAAUAAAUACAGAAGUGCUUACAAAUGAACAA